AUGAAGCUUGGUUUCCUUGGCCUUGCCCUUGCCCUUUCGGCCAGCGCACAUACGCUCUUCACGACCCUGUUUAUCAACGGCGAGAACCAAGGGGACGGGACUUGCGUGCGGAUGCCGCGCGAUGGGGCCACGGCCAACGGUCCGGUGCACCCCAUUACUGGAAACGACAUGGCCUGCGGCCGCGAUGGGGCCAAGGCCGUCGCAUUCACGUGCCCGACGCCGCACCGGGCAACCCUGACGUUUGAGUUCCGCAUGCAUCCCGACGGGCGGGAGCCGGGGCCCAUCGCCGCCAGCCACAAGGGGCCAUGCGCCGUCUACUUGAAGAGGGUCGACGACAUGUACGCAGCAGACGACGUGGCCGCCGGCCCGGGCUGGUUCAAGAUCUGGCAGGACGGGUACAGCAACGAGACGGGGAAAUGGUGCGUCGACCGCCUGAUAGAAAACCACGGGUUCCUGUCCGUCCGGCUGCCCGCCGUCCCGACAGGGUACUACCUGGUGCGUCCGGAGAUCCUGGCCCUGCACAAUGCCGCGCGCGGCGACGCCGAGUUCUACACGGGAUGCGCGCAGAUCUACGUCGAGCAAGGGCCAGACGGGGCGCUCGAGGUCCCGCCCGGGAAGGACGCCCGCAUACCGGGACACGUGUCGCCGGACGACGGCGGCGUCAGGUUCGACGUGCACGCCAGACCGCUGCCCGCGUACGUCGUCCCGGGCCCCGGCGUCUUCGCCCCCAAGGGGCAGGGGCAGGGGCAGGGGGCGCCGACGAGGCGGGCCAAGCAGACGGCGGGCAAGCGGCCCGGCGACUGCGUGCUCAAGAACGCAAACUGGUGCGCCAGGCCGGUGCCGGGCUUUUCCGACGCCAGGGGAUGCUGGACGUCUGCGCAGAACUGCUACGACCAAGGAGAGCGGUGCUGGAGGACGGCGCCUCCCAGCGGCAACGUGAACUGCAAGACGUGGCAGGACUAUUGCGGCUCGCUGGAGGCGACGUGCACGUCGGCAGCGGCGAGCGGACCGCCCCAGUUCCGGGGGGGAGAAGAGACGGCGGCGUUGCCUGAAAAGGCGGCCAAGCCUUGGAACGACGUAUUUUCAAGAAGCCCGAGGAUACGGCGUCCCUCAAGCGAGGCGUAA